AUGAUGAGAUAUCUUCUAACGCUUGCUUUGCUCCUCGUAGCAGCAACCGUUGACGCAUACUCAGCACUUCCUCAUCCUCUAGCUUAUGCUGCUUCGUUCUCCCAUAUCUCUCGCGAGCUCGAUCUGAUCAACCUCGGAAACUGCUCUGUUGCCAACGCAUCUCUUCCAUUGUCAGACACAAAGGCCAAGCUACCGAAUCCAUCUAUCAACCUUGCUCUCAAGUAUGUCGUGCUGGGACGUGGAACUCAGAACUACUCUUGCCCAGCGUUAAAUGCUUCAUCGGAUCUCAAAGCAACUAUAAAGCCCAUUGCCACCGGAGCCGCGGCUACUCUCUUCGAUGCCUCUUGCCUUGCAUCAAGAUCGGGUGCACUCCUCCAUCAACUGCCAGCAAUGCUGAGCAACGUACCACUUGGAAGCAUCUCCUUCAUAGCGGCUCUUCUAGGCCAGGGCACAAAAAGCACUGAUCUCAUAAUCGGCCAGCAUUACUUCAACGCUGGUGGAGAUCCGGUCUUUGAUUUGAGCUUGAGUGGUUCUGAUUCUUGGAUCGUUGCGAAAAAGGACGCAGCUGUCUCAGCGCCUGUGACGGAACCAUCUGAUAACCAGUCCGGCAAUGUUCCAUGGCUGAAACUUGGACACAAGGAUGGGUGUAAUAUCCAGGAGGUUUAUCGAGUUGUGACAUCCCAAGGGGACCCUCCGUCUAUGUGCACCGGCCAAAAUGAGACUUUCCAAGUUGCAUACGCCGCAGAAUAUUGGUUCUAUGGGUGA